AAUCUGCUGUAAAUUAUGUGCUUGUUUCAACAACCCUUGUUUCUUUUCCUUUUCACUUCUCUUUUUUUUUUUUAAAGCGGCCUAAAUGGGGUGAAGAGUGAGUUAUCUGACAAAUUUAGAUUUUGCAAACCUGUGCAUUCAUGAGAGUGCUAUUGAAACACAUUAAGAAAGAUUUUCAGCGCAGGAAUGUGUCAUUUCCUUUCUUCAUGUACCAGAUGCUGAAAUACUAUGAGAUAAAGAUUUUAGGUUUCAAUUGUAAAGAGAGAGAAGUGGAUAAAUCAGUGCUGCUUUCUUUAGGACCAAAGAAGUAUGGAGCAGUGGGAUCACUUUCACAAUCAACAGGAGGACACUGAUAGCUGCUCCGAAUCUGUGAAAUUUGAUGCUCGCUCAAUGACAGCUUUGCUUCCUCCGAAUCCUAAAAACAGCCCUUCCCUUCAAGAGAAACUGAAGUCCUUCAAAGCUGCACUGAUUGCCCUUUACCUCCUCGUGUUUGCAGUUCUCAUCCCUCUCAUUGGAAUAGUGGCAGCUCAACUCCUGAAGUGGGAAACGAAGAAUUGCUCAGUUGGUUCAACUAAUGCAAAUGAUAUAACUCAAAGUCUCAUGGGAAAAGGAAAUGACAGCGAAGAGGAAAUGAGAUUUCAAGAAGUCUUUAUGGAACACAUGAGCAACAUGGAGAAGAGAAUCCAGCAUAUUUCAGACAUGGAAGCCAACCUCAUGGACACAGAGCAUUUCCAAAAUUUCAGCAUGACAACUGAUCAAAGAUUUAAUGACAUUCUUCUGCAGCUAAGUACCUUGUUUUCCUCAGUCCAGGGACAUGGGAAUGCAAUAGAUGAAAUCUCCAAGUCCUUAAUAAGUUUGAAUACCACAUUGCUUGAUUUGCAGCUCAACAUAGAAAAUCUGAAUGGCAAAAUCCAAGAGAAUACCUUCAAACAACAAGAGGAAAUCAGUAAAUUAGAGGAGCGUGUUUACAAUGUAUCAGCAGAAAUUAUGGCUAUGAAAGAAGAACAAGUGCAUUUGGAACAGGAAAUAAAAGGAGAAGUGAAAGUACUGAAUAACAUCACUAAUGAUCUCAGACUGAAAGAUUGGGAACAUUCUCAGACCUUGAGAAAUAUGACUUUAAUUCAAGGUCCUCCUGGACCCCCAGGUGAAAAAGGAGAUCGAGGUCCCACUGGAGAAAGUGGUCCACGAGGAUUUCCAGGUCCAAUAGGUCCUCCGGGUCUUAAAGGUGAUCGGGGAGCAAUUGGCUUUCCUGGAAGUCGAGGACUCCCAGGAUAUGCCGGAAGGCCAGGAAAUUCUGGACCAAAAGGCCAGAAAGGGGAAAAGGGGAGUGAAAACACAUUAACUCCAUUUACGAAAGUUCGACUGGUCGGUGGGAGCGGCCCUCACGAGGGGAGAGUGGAGAUACUCCACAGCGGCCAGUGGGGUACAAUUUGUGACGAUCGCUGGGAAGUGCGCGUUGGACAGGUCGUCUGUAGGAGCUUGGGAUACCCAGGUGUUCAAGCCGUGCACAAGGCAGCUCAUUUUGGACAAGGUACUGGUCCAAUAUGGCUGAAUGAAGUGUUUUGUUUUGGGAGAGAAUCAUCUAUUGAAGAAUGUAAAUUUCGGCAAUGGGGGACAAGAGCCUGUUCACAUUCUGAAGAUGCUGGAGUCACUUGCACUUUAUGAUGCAUCAUAUUUUCAUUCACAACUAUGAAAUCGCUGCUCAAAAAUGAUUUUAUUACCUUGUUCCUGUAAAAUCCAUUUAAUCAAUAUUUAAGAGAUUAAGAAUAUUGCCCAAAUAAUAUUUUAGAUUACAGGAUUCAUAUAUUGAACACCUUCAUACUUACUAUUUUAUGUCUAUAUUUAAAUCAUUUUAACUUCUAUAGGUUUUUAAAUGGAAUUUUCUAAUAUAAUGACUUAUAUGCUGAAUUGAACAUUUUGAAGUUUAUAGCUUCCAGAUUACAAAGGCCAAGGGUAAUAGCAAUGCAUACCAGUAAUUGGCUCCAAUUCAUAAUAUGUUCACCAGGAGAUUACAAUUUUUUGCUCUUCUUGUCUUUGUAAUCUAUUUAGUUGAUUUUAAUUACUUUCUGAGUAACAGAAGGGAUCAGAAGAUAUCUUUUGUGCCUAGAUUGCAAAAUCUCCAAUCCACACAUAUUAUUUUAAAAUAAGAAUGUUAUCGAACUAUUAAGAUAUCUCAAUGUGCAAUAACUUGUGUAUUAGAUAUCAAUAUUAAUGAUAUGUCUUGGCCACUAUGGACCAGGGAGCUUAUUUUUCUUGUCAUGUACUGACAACUGUUUAAUUGAAUCAUGAAGUAAAUUGAAAGCAGGACAUAUGAGAAAACUGACCAUCAUUAUAUUUGUCCAGAUAAUUGGUGGAUCAAAAAUGCAACUUAACAGGAAGUUUAGUUUGUUAUGCAGUUUUAAAUGGAAUAAUUAGCUUGUUAUAAUUCUAGGACAUGGUGUUUAAAAUUUAAAUCUAAUUAAUCCAUUUUAACAAACAAUGCAAACAUCUUCAGUGCAGAAGGAAGAAAGGUUUCAACUUUUUGGAGUCUUUUAUGAAGUCAGUCAACAUUUACAACCAAAGGGGGGGGGGGGCUCCUUUAGUCCUAAAGGGACAAUAACUCUGAGCAUGCCCCAAAAAAGUAGCUUAGCAACCUUUUGUUGGUAGUCAACCCAUCUCCAGGGCCAUAGUGUAGAGUGUGAAAAGCUACCCUGAAACCCAGUAAUUCUACCCUGAAAGUGACUGUCUGCAGAAAGCCCAGUAGUUGAUAUUAAAGCACAAAUGAAUUCAACCUCAGCCCUGAAAAUAACAGAAUUCUGAAGUUUCCUAUGACUAAUUCACAAAAAAAGUAAUUGUAAACUAGUACUAUUAUGGAAUUACUCUACUGUUCUUUCUUUAAUAGUGGCAAAUGAAAGCAUAAGCUUAAGCAUUUUUUCAUAUUCUGAAGUCUCACCACACAUAAUAACCAAGUGGUAGACUCACAGCCGUCCAACUUAAAAAGGCAGAACCUUACCUUGGAAUUGGAAUUACUGUAAACAGCCUACUGAAAAUGCAUUUUUAUCAUGUAACAUUCUUCUACUUGUUUAACAUUGCUGAUUUUCUCUGGCAGCAUAAUUUUGUGGUUAAGAGAAUGAAUUCUGAAUGUACACUUUCUGUCUCAAACCCUGGCUGUAAUUUCAACUAGUUAAUAAUUCUUUGUGUUCAGUUCCACUAUCUAGGUAUUUUCUUCAAAACUUCAAAAGGUAAAUACAAUGGUUUCUGAAAGAAUCAUUUGCAUUAUCAGCCUGUUUGGGAUGUCUGAGAUCAGUGCCUCUGGGUUGUUAAUACUGUAUUGCUGUAUGGUAUAUGUAUGCUGAUUUACUACUUAUGCAUAAGUGGUAUGCAUGGGUUGUCUGAAAUCAGUGCCUAUGGGUUGUUAAUAGUAUUAACUAUUAGUGUUAACUGUUAGUAUUAACUAUUAGUAUUAUUAACACUAAUAAUAGUACUAUUACUGUUUUUAUUUUAAAAUAAAAUUUACUUUUAAAAUAAUAAUAGUACUAUUACUAGUACUAGUACUAUGACACUGUUAAUAGUACUAUUAACAACCCAUAGGCACUUGGGAUGUCUGAGAUCAGUGCCUAUGGGUUGUUAAUACUAUAUUGCUGUAUGGUAUAUGCAUGCUGAUUUACCACUUAUGCAUAGAUAUAUCUUUAAUAAGUAAUCUAAAAAUCCUUUUUGUAUUUGAGAGAAUCUACUAAGUUCAGUCCAGUCAAGAAAAGAACCUAAUAGCACCAAUAAAAAUUGAGGACUUAAUUUACUUUGGAAUGUUGAAUUGCAUUUGCCCCAUUAAAAAAAACAGAAAUUU